AUGCCGGGUAAAUAUAACUUUUAUGACUUUCUCUCACCUUAACCCUUACCUCACUGAAACUAUACCUAACCUUAACCCAACCCUAGGUCCUGAACCUAACCAUUACUCUAACCUUAACCUUAACCCAACCCUAGGUCCUGAACCUAACCAUUACCCUAACCUUAACCCAAUCCUAGGUCCUGAACCUAACCAGGCAGAGGAAACUAUAAAAGUGUUAGAACGAGAGAUUGAGAGAUUGAAAGAGAUUGAACAGGAAAUAGCAUUUGAAAGAAAAAGAGACAUGCGUACUGCAGAGAAUGAGGAAGUCAAACAGGUUAACAAAAAGGUAAAAGAGUUAGAGAGAGAGGUUGAGAGAUUGAAAGAAGACAUGACAACAAAAGAGAUUCAAUACAAAAUAAAAUUUCAAAGAGCGAAAGAAGCGUUUAGAAGACAGAAUGAAAGAGUGAAACAGGUUAACAAAAAUGUACUAGUGUUAGACAGAGAGGUUGCGAGAAUGAAAGAACAGAUUAGAUUGAAAGACAAGUCCAGAGAGAAAAUUUGA